UGACAUACAUACACACGCCGGAAGUAGUUUUACGGCAAAGAGCGGUGUUUUCAUUUUGCCUCGAAUAGCUUUGUUCAUUUUAAUAGCAAUAAAACAUUCAGUGCACAACAACGUAGAUUUUCUAAAGUGCAUAUACGUUAAUCAUCUACGAAAAGCAUGUCAGUUGUUCCUCCGAAUCGCUCGUCUACCGGCUGGCCGCGCGGAGUUAAUCAAUUCGGAAACAAAUACAUUAGCCCACCGGCUAAACCGCUAACCCUGGAGAGGACCAUCAACCUAUAUCCUCUGACCAAUUACACGUUUGGCACGAAAGAGCCUCUGUAUGAAAAGGACAGUUCGGUGGCCGCCAGGUUUCAGCGCAUGAGAGAGGAGUUUGAAAAGAUCGGGAUGAGGCGCACGGUGGAGGGAGUGCUGAUUGUACACGAACACAGACUGCCUCAUGUCCUGCUGCUGCAGCUCGGAACCACAUUCUUCAAACUGCCUGGUGGAGAAUUAAACCCAGGAGAGGAUGAGGUAGAGGGCUUAAAGCGGUUGAUGACAGAGAUCUUGGGGCGUCAGGACGGUGUGAAGCAGGACUGGGUGAUUGAUGACUGCAUUGGAAACUGGUGGAGGCCGAAUUUUGAACCACCACAGUACCCCUACAUUCCAGCACACAUCACUAAGCCCAAAGAACAUAAGAAGCUAUUCUUAGUGCAGUUACAAGAGAAAGCAUUGUUUGCCGUACCAAAAAACUACAAGUUGGUGGCAGCCCCCUUGUUCGAGCUUUAUGACAAUGCUCCUGGAUACGGGCCCAUUAUAUCCAGCCUCCCUCAGUUACUCAGCAGGUUUAACUUUAUCUACAACUGAUGGGCGCACAGCUCGCAAGGCUGUCUCUGUGAGUGCAGUCACAACAUGAGAGAAAAUAAACGGACUGGGGAUGAGAGCUACUUUCUCUGACCUGGAACCAGAGGAGAAUUGGCUAUUGUCCAAUGCUGUUUUGAAAUUUCAUGUACUUGUCCUGUGUUUUUUUUUGUCUAUUUUCGGGUUGCUGCAUUGCAAUUUUAGAGUUUAGUAUUAAAUUACUUAUUCAUUUACCUAAAUGCCUCUGUUUUAUGUUAAGUACAGUACAUGCAAUGCCUUUACUAAAUAAAAUGUGAUUCAGGAUUUUUUUUAACUUUCACUUUGUUUUUUUUUUUUAUAAUAAACUGCCAUCGUAAGAUUGAGUAAUUUGAUUAUUUGACCUGUGAAUGAAAAAUUAAGGAUUGUGUUGUCUUCAUGUAUUGGUGAUUCUCUUCCUUGUGCAUGUGUAUACAUCUUUUGAAAGUAUGAAUCAUUACAUUUACCCUCUUUUUAAUGUGCUUUUGUCCACAUGGCCUUGUCCUUUCCUCCUCGGGAGAAUCCACAGUGGCAUGUUAAGGGUCAUGCCAUUAUUCUGUAAGCUCAAGUAAAGUUUUUUUUUUUUUUAUUUUAUUUUAUUUUUUUAUUGAAAAAUCAACAAUCACAAAUACAAGAAUGUAUACAGAAA